UUUAGCGGGAUUCAGACAGAAGACGCUGAAUCAUGGGAAUAUACCUCAAGAUAGUUCUAUCCAGUUUAUUUCUUGUGGUUGUGCAGCAUCUCGCCAGGUUAAUUUACACCUGUGGAUUCCAUAAACAUGUUUAUAAUCAUCAACCUGGUCCCUGUAAAUACUUGGAUGGAGUGGAGUUUGGGUCGGAGGACAUUGCCACACUUCCCGAUGGCAAGGCUUUCAUUACCUCUGGACUUUUAAUGCCGUCUGCCUCAUCACACUAUCGGCAAAGGUAUAUAGACAGUGGCGUCAGAGGGCAGAUAUUUUUCUUCGAUUUCAAGUCCCCAGGUUCAGGGGUCACAUCACUCACAAUACAAGGCAACUUCAACACUUCGGACUUUCACCCACAUGGAAUUGACUACUGGCUUGAUGAAAUAUCAGGAAAAGUAUAUAUCUUUGUGGUUAAUCAUCGCCAAAAAAUGGAUGCUGUGGAAAAAUUUGAAUUUGUUCCAUCGGACAAAACACUCAAGCAUGUACAAUCCUAUAUAGACCAUGCCAUUCAUUUUAUCAACGACGUUGCUGUGACGGGCGAGAACUCUUUCUAUUUCACAAAUUUUUUGAAUUCCCGAGGCCCAUUUUGGGGAAUAUUUGAGAUAUAUUUGAUGUUACCAUUAGGGAGCAUAUCCUACUUUGACGGAAAGUAUUAUGAGACUGUCGAGGAAGGCUAUUUAAUGCCUAACGGACUGGCAUUAUCACAAGAUCAAAGGUACUUAUACAUGGCCACUUCUGUGAAUGGUGCAAUUAAAGUGUUUAAGAGACAACCAAACACAGGGCAGCUCAUAUUUGUACAGGAGGUGAAGCUGUAUACUUCUCCUGAUAACCCAACUAUUGACCCCCUUACUGGACAUUUAUUGGUUGGGGCCCAGCCAAUCAUUAUUAAGACUGCUCAGACAUUGGAAGAUCCUCGUAAUCCAAGUCCUUCUCAGGUUUUACACUUCGAAGUAAAUGAGGGAACUCUGUCUAAAACCACAGAGCUGUACAUCAAUGAUGGAAGUGUUCUCUACUCAUCAUCAGUAGCCUCCCUUUAUGGAAAUCAAAUGCUGAUCGGCACAAUAAACCACAAACUACUACAUUGUGAGGUGAGGACGCUGUGAAGCCGUCAUCGAUUCCAGGACCUGGUGCUUAGAUUUUCAUAAACAUUGAAAAAAAAAAUGUAGAAUUUGUAUUUCUAGGAACAAGAGAGUUUUUUAAUAACAUCAAUUUUACAUCAGUAAAUGCAGUGAUAAAUCAUAUCAAGGGUUCAAUUUUGUACAUUUUUCAAAAAAAAAAAUGAUAAAAAAAAUUUAAUCACAAGGUAAUAACAAUGAAAAAAGGUAUUUUGAUUCAGGUAUUGUUUCAUUUAGAUGCUUUGAGCACGUGCAUAUAUAAUUCUGUAAGUAAUCAUAUUGAACUGACAGCGGGAGAUUUUUUUAUUGAAGUCCUUUAAUCAGAAUAAAACCUGUAUAUGACUCCCACAGAGGAUACUGUUAUACAUCUGUUAGCUAUACAACAUUUAUUCUGUAAAUCUUUUCUUUUCUUAUAUUGAUCUUAGAGAUAACCAUUUUUUACCUGUUGACUACAUCUUCAUGUUCUCAUGUCUGUGGUUUAAAAUGAUUGCAGUUGUAUCUUUGUGAAGAUGAUGAAUAUUACCUGUUCUGUCAAAAAUUGCUCAGUGUUUUGUUAAAAUGAAAAUAUAAGUGAAAUUAUAACCAUAUUUGGCAUUACUACAUUAUACUUACACUGUAAGCUGUAAUUAUAAAGAUUUAGAUAAAUUUACAGCAUUUACAUCCUUUCAAAUGUGAUGACAAGUUGACUCCAUCAAAAAUAUUGAAUUAAAAGCUGAAAAGAUUUGGCAACAAUUUAGUGCUAGACAGUACAGGUAGCUUACAGGCAUUCUGUAGAGUGAUUAUUUAUGAAACAUGCACAGUGAGAAGAAAUCAUAGAAAUAAAAACAUUUUACACAAUACUGUGCAAGAAGUUCAUGUUCUAAUGCACAAAAUUGAAACAUUUAGAGUCUAACAUCUAUUUUUCACUUACGUUACGUUUUUGACUUUAAAGAGCAUGCUCUUCAAUUAAAUAAUGUGUCUCACACUUUAAGCUAGUUUAGUAUUUGCCCUGUGACUUUUUGGCAAAAAAUUAGGUACUGGUAAGAAAACCUUUAGAUAAAGUAUGUAGUUUCCAUGUAUUAACGAAAGUACCAACCUUUAUUAACCCAGUUGUGAUUUUAUAAACACUGUGAUCCUGGCCUCAUGUUGUAUUGAGUAAAUUAUUCCUGUGAUUUACAUUGUAUAGUAACAGUUCUAAAAACAAUAUACAGAAAUACCUGUUUUAUCUUAUACUGAAUUUGAUACCAAAUAUUCUUUGAAAUAUGUUUUUGAAAUGUGUUUCCAAACAUUGUAGGAUUUAAUAUAUGCACAUAUCUAGAAAAAAUGAUAAGCUUUGUUUAAAUGUUUGUAAUUUUUUUUUAAUAAUUUUGUAUUAUUUUACACCUGCUUGAAAAUUGACUCCAACACAUUGUCUCCGUUCAUGUGAACAAAGAUGGGUUUUUUUCUCAUGACAGAUUUAAUAUAUAGCCUGACGGUGUUCUUGUGGACAUUAUAUCUUGUCCUACUGUAUUGGUGACCUGUACUUGUCCUACUGUAUUGGUGACCUGUACUUGUCCUACUGUAUUGGUGACCUGUACUUGUCCUACUGUAUUGGUGACCUGUACUUGUCCUACUGUAUUGGAGACCUGUACUUUUCCUACUGUAUUGGUGACCUGUACUUGUCCUACUGUAUUGGUGACAUGUACUUGUCCUACUGUAUUGGUGACCUGUAUUUGUCCUACUGCAUUGGUGACCUGUACUUGUCUUACUGUAUUGGUGACCUGUACUUGUCCUACUGUAUUGGAGACCUGUACUUGUCCUACUGUAUUGGUGACCUGUACUUGUCCUACUGUAUUGGAGACCUGUACUUGUCCUACUGUAUUGGUGACCUGUACUUGUCCUACUGUAUUGGUGACAUGUACUUGUCCUACUGUAUUGGUGACCUGUACUUGUCCUACUGUAUUGGUGACCUGUACUUGUCCUACUGUAUUGGUGACCUGUACAAAAAUUACUGUACCAACUUCUGCAUAUGCAUAGCCUAUAAGCAGCGUAUGAGAAAUAAGUUAGAAACAUAUGCAAGUUAGAUUGUGUAAGUGAAGAUAUUGCUCGCCUUAAUGCAGGUUUGUAAUGAUAUGAUAACAUUAAAAAAGGAUUUCAGUGUAAUCUCAUGUUAGUGAUUCUGUUAAUGUUAGUGACUCUGUUCAUGUUAGUGACUCUGUUCAUGUCAGUGACUCUGUCAUGUUAGUGAUUCUGUUUAUGUUAGUGAUUCUGUUAAUGUUAGUGACUCUGUUCAUGUUAGUGACUCUGUUCAUGUCAGUGACUCUGUCAUGUUAGUGACUCUGUUCAUGUUAGUGACUGUUCAUGUCAGUGACUCUGUCAUGUUAGUGAUUCUGUUUAUGUUAGUGACUGUUCAUGUCAGUGACUCUGUUCAUGUUAGUGACUCUGUCAUGUCAGUGACUCUGUCAUGUCAGUGACUCUGUCAUGUUAGUGAUUCUGUUUAUGUUAGUGACUGUUUAUGUUAGUGACUCUGUCAUGUUAGUGACUCUGUUCAUGUUAGUGACUG